CCCCCCUUCUCGCCUCUCAGCCCGCCCGCCUGACAACCCAAGGCUGCGUCGCUCAGAACCUCGUGGGCUAGAGAGUGCGGAACUCUCCUGCGCUUCCCGCGCGCCCACGAGGGCAGCAUGGCGUCGCUCGACAAGCUGGCCAUUCGUGGCAUCCGCUCCUUCGACGACAAGGGCAUCAACAUCAUUCAGUUCUACAAUCCGCUCACCGUCAUCGUCGGCUACAACGGCAGCGGCAAGACGACGAUCAUCGAGUGUCUCAAGUAUGCGACGACUGGCGACCUGCCGCCCAACACCAAGGGCGGCGCCUUUGUGCACGACCCGACUAUGGCCGCGACCAACGAGGUCAAGGCGCAGGUGCGCCUGCGCUUCUACAACACGAACCACGUGCGCAUCAACUGCGUGCGCAACCUGCAGGUCUCGAAGAAGAAGACGACGGGCCUCACGAUGAAGACGCUGGAGAGCCUGCUGCAGGUCGACGAUGAGAACAAGAAGAACAAGCGCACCGUGCUGUCGACCAAGUGCGCGGACCUCGACACGGAGAUCCCGCGCCUGCUCGGCGUGUCCAAGGCGAUCCUCGACAACGUCAUCUUCUGCCACCAGGAGGAGUCGAACUGGCCGCUCUCCGAGCCGGCGACGCUGAAGAAGAAGUUUGACGACAUCUUCGAGGCGACGCGGUACACAAAGGCGCUGGACAACAUCAAGUCGCUGCGCAAGGAGCAGGCCGUCGAGCUCAAGGUGCAGCGGGCCGAGCUCGAGGGGCUCAAGACGGACAAGGAGCGCGCUGAUGCGAUCAAGGACAAGAAGCGCCGUCUCGAGAGCAGCCUGGCGGAGAAGGAGUCGCACCUCGACGACCUCAACGAGACGAUCGAGAAGCUGACCAACGACAACAAGGACUUCUACAACAAGGCCGUGCAGUUCCGCGAGACGGUUGCGCGUGCAGAGGCCAUGGAGGAGAAGAUCAAGCUCUUCACGGAGAACAUGGAGGAGUUGCGCUCGACAAUGACGCCGAUCGACGAGCCCGAGGCGGAGCUGCAGAAGCGCAAGGAGCGCUUCGGCGAGCACCUCGACCAGCAGCGCCGACGCAAGGCAGAGCUCAACCGCAAGAUCGAGGACAAGAAGGACGAGGUGGCACGUCUCGAGGCGCUGCGCGGCCGCAGGAUCGGCGAGAAGGGCGGCCUGGAGAAUGACCGCAAGCACCACCACCAGGCAGUCGAGGCGCGCGAGGCCGAGAUUCGCAGCAUGAGCGGCGAGCUCGGCAUCAAGGGCUUCGACACGGGAGGCCUCUCCGACGCGCAGAUCGCCGACUUCGAGACGCGCGUGGGCGACAAUGCGCGCCGCGUCGCGAGCGAGCUCCAGGCGCUGAGGAGUGACGGAGCGAAGAAGGACGCCGAGAUGACGGCCCAGUGGCAGGAGCUGCGCAGCGAACUGCGAUCCAAGCAGACGGAGCGCGAGAAUGCGGGAGACGCCAUGCGCAAGCUCCGCGACCGCAUCAUGCGUGCGCAAGACGACCUCGACGGCGUUGCGGUCACCUCGGCAGACGUCGAGGCUGCCACGAAGGACUGGGAUGACGCAAAGGCCAAGCUGAGUGCCCUCAAGGCAGAGACCACGCGCGCCGACGUCGACGGGCGCAUGCGCGAGAAGAACAAGGAGAUCCGCGACCUGGACCAGACUCGCGAGGACCUCACCGUCGAGCUGAACAGCCUCAACCGGCAUGCCGACUUUCGUGCGCGUCUCGACGUCAAGAAGGGGGAGCGCAGCGCCAAGGAGCAGGAGAUCCAGAGCCUCCUGCAGUGCCACGGCGCUGCGAUCGAGCAGCACACGGGCCGCGCGCCGGUCGCUCUGCGCCUCGAGAACGACAUCAACCUCGUUGUGGCGUCCAAGGAAGGCGAGCUCAGCAGCCUGGAGCGCAGCGACGCGGCGGCGAGCAAGGAUCUACAGCGCAUCGAGUCGAGCCUGUCGUUUGCGCGCGCCACGCUGCGAGACAUGAAGGCUCGCGCCGACGCCAUCGAGCAGGAGAUCCGCGUAGCCUUGGCGGACGGCGAGUUUGCCGAUCUGCCUACGGCAGUGCGCGAGUGCGAGAGGGAGUCGCAGUACCUUGCAGAAGUGAUCAGUGGCGCCGGCCAUGCGGCCGAGUUCUUCAAGCGUGUCAAGACCGCGGCGCAGACGCGGCACUCGUGCCUCGCCUGCAACCGCGGCAUCAGCGACGAGGAGCUGCCCGGCAUCACCACCUGGAUCGAGGCGCAGAUCCGCAAGACGACGCCCAGCUCGCUGGAGGAGAGCGCGCGCGAGCUCCAGGACUGGAAAGCGCAGCUCGCAGAGUUCCAGGGCCUCGUGCCCAAGCAAGCCACGCUGGACGCACUGCGGCAGACGGACGUGCCGGCAGAGGAGCGCAAGGUCAAGAAGGAGGAAGAGAGGCUCGCCGCGGCCACCGGGGCGGCUGAACGAUCGUCUGCCGCCGUCGAGGCUCUGCGCGCCGAGCUGCGCGAGAUUGCCAGUCUUAAGAAGGCCGCGUCGGACGUCUCGCGGCUGCUCAAGGAGACGACCGCGCUGUCUCGGGACGUCGAGGGUCUCGAGAACGACCUCCUGAGCACGGGCACGAUGCGGACCAGCGGCGACGUGCAGCAAGAGAUUGACGCGCUCACCGACAAGCUCAAACGUGCCAAGCGCGAGCUGCUCGAUCUGCAGAGCCAGCGCGAGCACCAGCAGACGAAGCUGCAGCAGUACGAGCGCGACAUCCACCAGGCCGAGAUGAGCGUCGCGGCGAAGCGCCAGGAGCACGGCAAGCGCGAGGCGCUGCUCGUGCGCGCGCAGGAGCUCAAGGCGGAGCUGGCCGACGCCCAGAAGGCGGCGCAGACGCUCGACGACGACAUUGCCAAGGCGGGCCCGCCGAUCCGUCGCGCCAAGGAAGCUCUCGACGCGCUCAAGGCCGAUCAGACGGCGCGGGAGCAGGCUCUGCACGCAGAGACGUCACGCAUGUCUGGGCUUGUCAAGCACCUGCGCGACCUCAACGAGCAGGCCGGUCGCUACGUCGCCCAGCGCGGCAACGAGAAGCUGCGCGAGUGCGAGGACGCCAUCGCCGACCUACAGGGCCAGAUGCAGACGGUGCAGAAGAGCAUCACCGCCGUCGAGGUCGAGUCGGCCAAGAUCGAGAAGGACCUCAACGAGAGCAAGGCGACCGAGCGCAACAUCCACGACAAUCUGCGCCACCGCCACCUGCAGGCCGAGGUGCAGCGCAUCCAGGCCGAGCACGAUGGUCUGAAUCUCGACGAGGCGUCGGAGGCGAGCAAGACGUGGAACGCCAAGUACAACCAGUCGAAGAAGAAGGAGAAUGAGCUGAAUGGCGAGGCGGCGCAUCUCGGCGGCGAGAUCAGCUCGCUGCGCUCGCAGAUCACCGGGCGCGAGCAGGAGCUCAAGGAGGACUACAAGAACGUCGAGAAGCGCUACACGGCGAAGCUCAUUGCGUUUAAGACGGGCGAGAUGGCGAACCGCGACCUGGAGCUGUACGGCAAGGCGCUGGACAAUGCCAUCAUGCGCUACCAUGCGAUCAAGAUGGAGGAGAUCAACGAGCAGAUCCGCUACCUCUGGGGCCGCACGUAUCAGGGCACUGACAUCGACACCAUCUCGAUUCGCUCGGACAACGAGGGCAACAAGGCCGGCCGCUCAUACUACUACCGCGUCUGCAUGGUCAAGGACACCGUCGAGAUGGACAUGCGUGGGCGAUGCAGCGCCGGGCAGAAGGUCCUCGCUUCGAUCAUCAUCCGUCUCGCGCUCGCCGACUCAUUCGGCGAGAACUGCGGCAUCCUCGCGCUGGAUGAGCCGACGACCAAUCUCGACAAGGAGAACAUCUUGGCCCUCGCGAAGAGCUUGAACGACGUCAUCCGCGAGCGCCGCAACCAGAGCAACUUCCAGCUCAUCGUCAUUACGCACGACGAGGAGUUUCUCACGAUGCUGGGCCAGAGCGACAGUCUGGAGUACUACUGGCGUUGCUCGCGCAACGCCCAGCAAAAGUCGAUCAUCGAGCGCGAGAGCAUCCAGUGA